AGUGUCAUCCUUUAACCUACAAAUAAGAAGUUUAACAGCUCGUGGUUUGCUAUAUCAGUCACACAAACUUUGAAUUAAAGGUGUGUUUGUAGAUCCUAUUGUUUGUGUUGAUAUGAACUCAUGGUAUACGUUGGCCUGAGGAACAAAAAGGCGGUAAUCCGAAUACACCCUAGAUCUCAAAUAAGAUUAGUCAGAUGAUUGACUGAAAGCCAUACGAAAAUAUCCUGAUGAAGAAGCUUGACAGAAGAUUUGAUACUGUAAAACAACGGGAAGAAAAUAAAUUACUAGAGACAGAAAACAGAGAAAUAGAGGAAAGGUUGAAACUACUAAAGUCCACGCUGUAUGCAGAAAUAUCUAAAAGAAAUAAAUCAAGUUCUGAAUCAAUCUGGGAUAGUAACCGCUCGCCAUCUACGACACAUAAACCGAGGUCGGAUGCUUUGAUCGAUGUGAGCAAACUAAGAUUUAAAACUCUGAAACCCAUCUCAGCUCCCAAAAAUAAACCCGCAGAUAUCCAUAGCGAUGUAAUACAAAAAUUAGUUGAUUCAUACAAAAGUCCAUCCAGAAAUUCCGUCAAUAAACACCGGAAAAAGUGUGGCCAGUGUGAGGACAGAAUAGCAGUCGUCUCAUGUCAAGAAUGCAGUGAAUACUACUGUGCUAAAUGCUUCGCAACUUUCCACAUGAAAGGAGCCCUUAGGCGACAUCAUUCCGUACCCAUAUCAACUCCCACUUCACGAUUUGAUUCAUCCCAGCCUAAGGAGGUCGGUGAAAUAAAACUAUCAACAAGAUCUACUCAUUCGGUGAGCACUGGUUGUCAAAGUUCCCUUGAUGUUACAAGUAAAUCAAGCUCAGCACUACAAACGGAAGAUAUAGACGGCUUAGAGAUAAAUCAGUGCUUUGACAAUAAACGAUUUCAAGAGGAAUCGAAAAAACCUUCAACAGUAAUACCUGGCCGUAAUGUUUCAACCUUGUGCAAAUCGCCUACUCCUAUAGAAAUACACUUUACGCCGAGUAUAAGUUAUGCGGAGAAAUUACUGUUACAUCUGCAUCGUAACUCCAAACUUCAACACACAGGAAAUGAAAGCAGUACACAUCGUCAAAUUAUAUCCGGAGAAACUAUUUCAGCAAACUCUGUGGAUGAAACUCAAAAACAGAAGGAGGAAAACAACGAAAAAGAACGUAUUUUGCAAGAUUUUCAACUUAAUAGAAUUUCUUUCGAUGAAUUACAUCAGUUGGCUACUAUGGAAGUGCAGCUCAAUGAUACUUUGGCUCUUUAUCCUGUAGAAGACUUGGAACCAGUAUCCUUCGAAAGAAAUGAGAUUAUGAACACUAAAAAUGAUGAUAAACUCGGAGAAAAUAACUUCGAUGGAAAACUGCUGAUUAGUGAAACCUUUUCUUCUGAGGAUAAUUUAAGUGAAGUUAAUGAGGCCUUUAAAGCAGAACAAUAUCCUAAAGCCAAGUCUGCAGAAGAAGAUGAAGAAAUAGAAAAAGAAGUAGUAGUAGUGAACAGAAAUGAGGAAGCAAGCAUUUUAAAUAGUCCACAGAAUCUGUGGCAACCUGGAAGAUCAGUUUAUUCCCCUGAUUCUUUUAUGGAUUUUGAUAUAAACAAAACAGUUGCUGAAUACUUGAAUAUGAUUUUAGAUGAGAAAUCAGUCAAUAAAACUGAUGUUGAAGAUGAUUAUUAUGAAGAGUUCAGAAAUACAACAGAAUCACCAAUUCAGUCUCAGAAGACACCAUCAAUGACUCAUCAUUCUAAGAAUACUUCAAAGACUAGAAUUGUAGAAGCUACGAAUGAAGAAUACGAUAGUGAAGGCGAUAAUGAAUACAACUCUCUGUAUGAUUCACUUGGAUAAGAAUGAAAUCUAAGAAAAAAAGUAAUAAGAACAAUUAUGUAAUUAUAUGCAUAUGGAUGGUAUCUGUAGAUAAUUUGUUUCUCAACAAAUCCGAGUAUUUCUCAUUCUAUUCAAAAUAAACGUAUGAUAAAUAAUAAUUCCUUUGAACUUACACUUUUAUUCUUCAAAAGAAAUGAAAAGAAAUAAGAGU